AUGCAAGAUCAAUUCCUUGAAAAGUUAUGGCAGGUUGCCCAGGGAUCCUGGUCUUCUGGGGUUCUCCCUAGCCAGGAGAGCUUAUCUCGAGCACGGUCAUCCAUCCCCACUCAGCUUCCCGUUGCUGGUGCCAGACUGGAGUCCGUUCAGCAACACAUCGUGAAUGAUAUUGUGCCGGCUUUCAAUGGAGGCAGUCUCAGUCCUAAUUACUACGGCUUCAUCACAGGAGGAGUAACACCGGCUGCUCUCUUCGCUGACAAUAUUGUAUCGACAUAUGAUCAGAAUGUCCAGGUACACCUGCCAAACCACUCUAUUGUCACCGAUGUUGAGUACCAUGCGCUUGGCUUGCUCGCAGACCUUUUCCAUUUAGAUCGUUCCCAAUGGCAUAAUGGUACCUUCACCACCGGUGCGACAGCCAGCAAUAUUCUUGGCCUGGCAUGCGGGCGAGAGUUUGUUCUCCAAAAAGCAGCGGAGAGAAAGGGACACACACUGGGCAGUGUCGGUGAGCACGGAUUAUUUGAGGUGCUACAAGCCCUGGACCUUUCAGGGAUUCAAGUUUUAUCGACAUUACCUCAUUCAUCCGUGGUUAAAGCCGCUGGAAUUCUAGGAAUUGGCCGUGCCAACGUACGGAACAUCUGCCGUGAUGACGAUCCGCUCCAAUUCGACAUGGUCGCGCUAGAGAAGGAGCUCGCAAGGACCGAAAAAGUCAGCAUUAUAUCUGUAUCUUGUGGCGAGGUUAAUACUGGUCGGUUUGCGACAUCUGGAAUGGCGCAACUAAGCCAACUCCGCAAGCUUUGUGACCAGUAUGGAUCAUGGUUACACGCUGAUGGUGCCUUUGGAAUCUUUGCUCGCAUUCUUGACGACAGCCCGGAAUUUGCGACAAUAAAAAAGGGCUCUGAUGGCAUUGAGCUUCUCGACUCCAUCACUGGUGAUGGUCACAAGUUGCUUAAUGUGCCUUAUGACUGUGGCUUCUUCUUUUCUCGACACCCAGACUUGGCUGCAUGUGUUUUCCAGAACGCGAACGCAGCUUAUCUGACUGCAGGUGCAACAGACGGCCCAUCAAUUCCAUCUCCCCUCAACAUUGGAAUCGAGAACUCUCGUCGCUUCCGAGCAUUGCCAGUCUAUGCGUCGCUUCUAUGCUAUGGAAGAGAUGGAUACCGAGACAUGCUUGAGCGCCAAAUUCGACUUGCACGUACUAUCUAUGAGUGGAUUUUCGAUAGUUCAGCUUAUACAGCUCUACCAGAGACCAAUUCCAAGGCUGAGCUUGUGGACCAGACCUUCAUGAGUGUUUUGUUCCGUGCAAAAGAUGAUACUUUGAACAAACAGCUGACGAGUAAAAUUAAUGAGACGUCACGGAUGUUUGUGUCUGGAAGCAGUUGGGAUGGUGCCCCCGCAACUCGGAUUGCUAUUUCUAACUGGCGAGUUGACGUUAACAGGGAUGCUGCUCUGGUGACGGAUGUUUUGGCACAGGUGGCCCAACUAUGA